AUGAACUCCACCUAUUGUACAAGGUUUGAAGACUCAUCAUUUACAAGUACAGGAACCGCAGGAACUAUAGAAGCAGCAAGAGCAUCAACGCCAGCAACACCGAUAUAUGCAACCAAAACAAGUCCACAUACACCUCCGAUCACGCACUCUCUCUUGAUAUCUGAGAUAGAUCGAUUACCUCUGAUAUCUCAAUACCGCAAACACCCUCGGUCAGACCAAUUUCGCCGUCAUCAUAAAACUCCACCGAAAAUGGAGUUCAGAAUGCCACAAGAACAGUCGGAGCUUAAUAAACGGUUACGUGGACGGCAAGCCGAUGCGGGGCGAAAGAACACAAACACAGGAACCUAUUCAGAAAGAACGCGAGCGACGGGUGUUCUCAAGCUCCUCAAUGUAGAUCCAGACACCCACUCAAUGUCAGACAGUUUUGAAGAUGCACUUUACAUCCUCAGAGUCUACUCCCUUCUUCUUGCACGCGUCCCCCCAGUUUCCAUAUCCACCCUCUCGUCUCCCCUCUCAUCCGCUCCAGUUCGUCCUUCUGCAUUUCUCAUAUUACCUCGCGUCAAAUUCCCAAACUGGACCCUUGAUCCUCCUGCCCGGGUGAGAAGAAAAGUUGAUUCGUCCAGUGGAAAGGAAUGUGUUCAGAUGGUGACGGAUAGUCUUACGGGCACUAGUAAUAACCCUGUCAGUUGGACCGAGCCUUACACAGACUAA